AGUUACUAUUUUUGGGUAACCUCUCAAGGGCCUUGGAAUCUGGAAAAACACCGACUAGACGAUGAUCAGAUCGGCCGGGGUAAUCAACCCCCAGAGGAGCAUGUCCAACGAUAAGAGGCUCUGAAGUCACCGGGACCCGAUAAAUUCGUAGAGAAUCGACUCAGAUACACUGGAACUGGAAAUUCUCAUUAGUAUUAAUAAACAAAUGUUGGUGCAAUCUCCGCCAGCGAUUGCCGAAUCAGACAAUGAGCUGAUAAAUCCCCCCGCCCAGUGGAAGGCAUAAAAAGCGAAGCAUCUCACAGUCAGCACCGCAUUCGACGGAUUCUAAGCAUAAAACCACCUCCAGCGGAAAUGGAGAAGAAGUAUAUAAUAGUGUACGUCCUAUGGACCAUCUCAGCAUCGGUGAUUGCCGAUUCGGAUAUUGCGGCUCUGUGCAAGACGGCAAAGACCUGGACAUUCCUACCCAACAGGCAGCACUGUCAAAAGUUCUACCUAUGCACUGGAGCAGAUGAGGAACCCUUUCAGGAGUACAGUUGCCCCACAGGCCAUUAUUUUAGCGAGAAACUGAAGAUCUGUGUGCGGGGAGCUUGCUCCGAUGAGAGCAUUGAGUGCGAGAUUGAGAACAGCGUGGCCCGAAAACGGGAUGACUGCUCGAAGUACUUGACUUGCAUGGAGGGAGGGGCCCAUGCCGUGUCCAGCUGCCCGUCUGGAACGUACUUCGAUCCCGGCAGAAGAGCCUGCCUGCCAGUGGCCGUAAACUCGGCACAUCAGUGUAGCUGCGUGCUCCCGGAAAACGCCACCUUGUCCAAUCCCAACGAUUGCGAGACCUAUUUCCGGUGUCACGAUGGAGAGGCUGUGCUGGUUCAGUGCCCACCUGGAGAAUAUUUUGCAGUGAGCGCCAACACCUGCCUUCCGGAUCUCACUGGCAUUUGCCUUGAGAAGCCAACUCUGCCUCCGGGUUUAUCGGAACACGCCCAGGCCCUAGACGAGUGUACCCGUACUGGAAGUCAAUUGGCGCCGCAUAGCCGCAACUGCCAGAGGUACUUUAUUUGUGCCAGGAAAAGGGUCCUGGAAAUGCGGUGUCCCAGGGGACAGUACUUCGAUGUGGUGCACAAAUACUGCAACCUAGAUUCGAGAAGUGAAUGCCAGGAAGUUGAAGCUGAGAAGGAAAUAGUGGCGAACAGCAAAGCCCAAAAAGAGAUCCAGAAGGUGAAGCAGAAGCCAAGGCCGAAGGAGACUCAGAAGCAGGUGGACAAGAAAGAGCCACAAGGGGAUGGUCCCGAGAUGGAGGUUUCUGCGAAGCAACCAGAGCAGGAGACUGUCAGCAGCUACGACAAGUUCUCCUCCAAGUUUAUAACAUUUAUCAGAGGUUAACUUAAAGUUUAUCAUUAAAGUAUCUUAAUUACUUUUUAAAAAUAAAUAUUUAAUCGAACAUUUGGAAAAUAUUCAAGUUUCGAAUUGGAGAGACCA